AUGAACAACUUUGGCGUCAUCGAGCUCGCCGGCACCAAAACAACUUCGGCGCCAGGUUGGGCCUACGUUCCCGAUACGGACGUUGCCCGAGGCUCCGCCAGCAUCCAGCCAGCAAACAGGAAGCGGGCUCGACACCCGACCGGUGGAGGCCCUAGCCUCAGCGACUUGACGGCUCGGCAGGAGGCCAAGAUUCGAAAGGAAGUGGAAGCCCUGGAGAGGGAUGGAAACAGAGACAACACGAUUCCGCUGCCCGUGAAGAGUGGGCGAGCUCAAAGCAAGUUCACCCCCAGCGUCCGCAAAGUAAUGCAGUCCCAAAAGACGUUUGCGAACCACCUCGACGAUUACCUGGCGCUCCAGGCGCUUGCCGAAGCGAAUCCUGCCAAUGCCUCUAGCAAACGCUCUGGAGGCAACAGGAAAGACGCUGCUGCUUCCUCUGCGCUGCUCAAGUCCUGUGCCGCCGACUCGCCCGACGCCGCCGCCCGCCAGCUGCCUCCCGCGCCGCCGCCGCCGCCGUCGCCGCCUUUCGAGGAGCGUCCCGCAGCCCACCCGGGUGACGACGACGCCUUGCUCAUGUCUCGCGUGCCAGAAGUGCCGUCGGACGAGGAGUUGCGGAGGCUGCUGUCACAUCCCCCGUUGCCGUACCUCGAUGCGUUGGGAACCUGGGACGAGAGGUAUCCGCCGAGGGUGUUUUGCGAACUAUGCGGGUACUGGGGACGGGUGAGGUGUCUCAAGUGCGGCACGCGAGUAUGCGCGCUGGAUUGCCUCGAGACUCACAGGGAGGAGUGUGUGACUCGGUACGGUAUCUGA